UUAUUAUCUCACAUACCUUCAGUUCUAGAGAAUAUAUUAUUAUCUCUCAUACCUUCAGUUCUAGAGAAUAUAUUAUUAUCUCACAUACCUUCAGUUCUAGAGAAUAUAUUAUUAUCUUACAUACCUUCAGUUCUAGAGAAUAUAUCAUUAUCUUACAUACCUUCAGUUCUAGAGAAUAUAUUAUUAUCUCACAUACCUUCAGUUCUAGAGAAUAUAUUAUUAUCUUACAUACCUUCAGUUCUAGAGAAUAUAUUAUUAUCUCACACACCUUCAGUUCUAGAGAAUAUAUUAUUAUCUUACAUACCUUCAGUUCUAGAGAAUAUAUUAUUAUCUCACACACCUUCAGUUCUAGAGAAUAUAUUAUUAUCUUACAUACCUUCAGUUCUAGAGAAUAUAUCAUUAUCUUACAUACCUUCAGUUCUAGAGAAUAUAUUAUUAUCUUACAUACCUUCAGUUCUAGAGAAUAUAUUAUUAUCUUACAUACCUUCAGUUCUAGAGAAUAUAUUAUUAUCUCACAUACCUUCAGUUCUAGAGAAUAUAUCAUUAUCUUACAUACCUUCAGUUCUAGAGAAUAUAUUAUUAUCUUACAUACCUUCAGUUCUAGAGAAUAUAUUAUUAUCUCACAUACCUUCAGUUCUAGAGAAUAUAUUAUUAUCUUACAUACCUUCAGUUCUAGAGAAUAUAUUAUUAUCUUACAUACCUUCAGUUCUAGAGAAUAUAUUGUUAUCUUACACACCUUCAGUUCUAGAGAAUAUAUUAUUAUCUUACAUACCUUCAGUUCUAGAGAAUAUAUUAUUAUCUUACAUACCUUCAGUUCUAGAGAAUAUAUUAUUAUCUUACAUACCUUCAGUUCUAGAGAAUAUAUUGUUAUCUUACAUACCUUCAGUUCUAGAGAAUAUAUUAUUAUCUCACAUACCUUCAGUUCUAGAGAAUAUAUUAUUAUCUUACAUACCUUCAGUUCUAGAGAAUAUAUUAUUAUCUUACAUACCUUCAGUUCUAGAGAAUAUAUUAUUAUCUUACAUACCUUCA